CUGCAGCUUGCUGGCUCUCUCUUUCUCCCUCUCUGUCUCACUCUCUCUCUUUCUCUCCCUCUCCUAUCGGAGCACAAUGAAAGCCUGUGUAUCGCCGUGACUCGGGGCAGUGGAGCCAGUGGUCAGCAAAGCGGCUAACAACAGACGGGAAAGAGAAAGGAAAAUACAAGCUACUUUUCCCCCCAUCUAUAAAACGGAGCAAUACAAGAGAUAGAAGCACAUUGCUUAUUGCGAGUCCAGACCCUCAGAUCCACUGGCCGGGAUGGAAUGUACAAAAGUGGACAGAAAAGUGUCGGGACGUGACUCGGUGAAAUUUGCUGGAAGUUUGUAAGUUUGACCAUCGUUUGUAAAUUACUCUGGGAAGAGUUUGUCUCUCUUGAUACUGUAUUAGAAUAGAGCCGGGGUGAGGGACAGAAACGUAAGCGGGAGGGGGAAAAUGUGUUGAAGGAUCUUUCUCAGUGGCUAGUGACUUCAGACUGCCUUCAUUUAAGGCUAGGAAACCUUAGAGGGAAUUGAGGAUUUCACCGGUGAUUGGAUUAGCUGAAGAGAAAAGCAUGGUCCAAAAGUCCAGUUACUGACAUUGUUAACAAUUGAGAAGCCGUCUCCCUCUUUGGGGAGAAGACAUCCCACUGUCCCCAAAGAGGAGAAAACACCGGAGCGAAGGGAAAGGGAGGAGAAAUUAAAAGCCAAAAGACAGUCUUUCUUGAUUUUUUGCGUUUUCAAGACUGACUUCAAAAACCUUCUAAAACAGCAUUUAUUUCUUAACCUGAGGAAAAGUAAAGGCUGCGGGUUACAUAGACCGGGUAGCAAUGCGUUUCUCAACAGAAACAUCUCUGUAAAGAAUUUCUGUUACAACUAGGUGAGGGGGAGUCCAGCUCUCUAUUAAUACCUCUCUCGAUUCCCUUCCCUGGCUCUUUCUGUCUCUGGCUUGACAAUCCCUGAAUUCUUGCUCUAACCCCCACGUUGUAGGUUGACACAGUACCUAGUAGCUUUUGUCAGCUUGGUGGGGGCGGGGGGGGCCCACCAACUCUGUCCAACUUCUCUGGAGCUGUCAAAUGCAAUUAGAGUAAGUUGAUCAGGGUUCGUUUCCAACUUAUCCUCUGCAAUUGGUUUCUGUUCGUGUUCCUCAUCCUUUUACUGACGCCCCUCCCCCACACCUCCUCCACUGCACCCCCAACCUCUGAAGACCUCUAUUCAUGUGGCCCUGAACACUGAGCUCACAUUGUCAAAACAGAUUUUCCUGCAAUAGCCAGCAGUAGCCUCCUUCCACCUCACCAUCCCAGAGGCAGCAAUCAUUGUGUCCACCAAGAUGGGGGACACAGCGCCCCCACAGGCCCCCACAGGAGGGCUAGGAGGGGCCCCUGGGGCGGGGCUCCCUGGAGGGGGUUCAGUCACCCCAAGAGUGCACAGUGCCAUUGUGGAGCGCCUCCGGGCUCGGAUCGCCGUCUGCCGCCAGCACCACUUGAGCUGCGAAGGACGCUAUGAACGUGGUAGAGCUGAGAGCUCAGACCGGGAAAGAGAGAGCACCUUGCAGCUCCUGAGCCUCGUCCAGCAUGGCCAGGGGGCAAGGAAGACUGGCAAACACGCCAAGGCCACCGUGGCUGCUGCCACCACAGCAGCCCCUCCACCGCCCCCUGCUGCCCCGCCUAUAGCUUCCCAAGCAUCAGCUACAGCAGCCCCACCGCCCCCUCCAGACUAUCACCAUCACCACCAGCAGCACCUGCUGAACAGUAGCAAUAGUGGUGGCGGUAGUGGGAUCGAUGGAGAGCAGCAGCCACCAGCUUCGACCCCUGGAGACCAGAGGAACUCAGCCCUGAUUGCGCUCCAGGGUUCCUUGAAAAGAAAACAGAUAGUUAACCUGUCUCCUGUCAACAGCAAGAGGCCCAAUGGCUUUGUCGACAGCUCAUUCCUUGAUAUCAAAAGAAUCCGUGUUGGGGAGAACCUCUCCGCAGGACAAGGGGGCCUCCAAGUAAAUAACGGACAAAGUCAGAUUAUGUCAGCGACCUUGCCCAUGAGCCAAGCAACCCUGAGAAAGACUAACAACCUGCCUCCCCACACACACUCUCCCGGCAAUGGCAUGUUUAACAUGGGCUUAAAAGAAGUGAAGAAGGAGCCAGGAGAGACUCUGUCUUGCAGUAAGCACAUGGAUAACCAAAUGACCCAGGAGAAUAUUUUCCCUAACAGGUACGGAGAUGACUCUGGAGAGCAACUGAUGGAUCCUGAACUGCAAGAACUGUUCAAUGAACUGACCAACAUAUCUGUGCCUCCUAUGAGUGACCUUGAGCUGGAGAACAUGAUCAAUGCUACCAUAAAGCAGGAUGAUCCAUUUAGCAUUGACCUGGGUCAGCAAAGCCAGAGGAGCACUCCCAGGCCCUCCUUGCCUAUGGAGAAGACAGUGAUCAAAAGUGAAUACUCCCCUGGUCUGACCCAGGGUCCGUCGGGCUCUCCUCAGUUGAGGCCACCAUCAACUGGCCCUGCAUUCUCCAUGGCCAGCUCGGCUCUGUCCACUUCAUCCCCAGUUCCUGCUGUCCCUCAGAGCCAGGCUCAGCCUCAGACAGCCUCCGGAGCAAGCCGGGCCCUGCCAAGCUGGCAGGAAGUAUCCCACGCCCAACAGCUCAAACAGAUAGCUGCCAACCGUCAGCAGCAUGCCCGGAUGCAGCAGCACCAGCCUACUAACUGGUCAGCCUUGCCCUCUCCUGCUGGACCAUCUCCAGGUCCAUUUGGGCAGGAGAAAAUCCCCAGCCCUUCUUUUGGUCAGCAGCCAUUCAGCCCACAGAGCUCCCCCAUGCCUGGGGUAGCCAGCGGCAGCAGCCAGCCGAAAGUCAUGGCUAACUACAUGUAUAAGGCCAGCCCCUCGGCCCAGGGAGGGCACCUGGAUGCACUCAUGCAGCAGAAGCCUCAGGAUCUCAGUCGAAGUUUUAUUAACAGCUCGCAUACAGCCAUGGAGGCCCGUCUUGGCAACACCAAGCCUUUGUUCCAUUUUAACUCAGAUCAAGCAAACCAACAGAUGCCUUCUGUUUUGCCUUCUCAGAACAAGCCUUCUCUCCUACACUACACUCAGCAACAGCAGCAGCAGCCACAGAGCUCUAUUUCAGCUCAGCAGCAACAGCAGCAGCAGCAGCAGCAGCAGCAACGGCAACAACAGCAGCAGCAGCAACAGCAGCAGCAGCAGCAGCAGCAACAGCAGCAGCAGCAGCCACCACCGCCGCCCACCCAACCUCUGUCAAACCAGCCUUUGCUAAGGUCACCCUUGCCACUUCAGCAAAAGAUCCUGCUUCAGAAAAUGCAGAAUCAGCCCGUCACAGGACUGGGAUACCAAGUCUCCCAACAACACAGACAGAUGCCCCUUCCUGUUCAUGCGCAGUGCCAGACGCCCCAAACUCUUCAUCUAGUUUGCAACCAAGAGAACAAACUCAAAGAUCAACACUCUGUGGUAGGCCAGAACACAGGCCCCAGUCCAAGUCCCAACUCCUGUUCAAAUCCAAACACUGGAAGUGGUUACAUGAACUCCCAGCAAUCACUGUUGAAUCAGCAAUUGAUGGGAAAGAAACAGACUCUACAGAGGCAGAUCAUGGAGCAGAAACAGCAACUUCUCCUGCAGCAGCAGAUGCUGGUGGAUGCGGAGAAAAUUGCUCCACAGGAUCAGAUAAACAGACAUUUGACAAGGCCGCCCCCAGAUUACAAAGACCAAAGAAGAAAUGUGGGUAACAUGCAACCGACUGCUCAGUAUUCUGGUGGCUCGUCAACCGUGAGUUUAAACUCUAACCAGACUUUGGCAAACCCAGCUUCAACACAUAGCAUUUUAACUCCAAAUUCCAGCCUCAUGUCUACUUCCCAUGGAACGAGAAUGCCAUCGUUAUCCACAGCAGUUCAGAACAUAGGGAUGUAUGGAAGCAUGCCUUGCAACCAACCUGGCACAUACAGCAUCUCUUCAGGAAUGAAUCAGUUGACCCAGCAGAGGAAUCCAAACCAAUUGAUAACAAAUCAGAACAACCCUCUAAUGCCGCGGCCACCUAACUUAGGGCCAAGUAGUAAUAAUAAUGUGGCCGCUUUUGGAGCUGGUCCUGUUGGCAAUUCACCACAACUGAGACCAAAUUUAACCCAUACUAUGGCAAGCAUGCCAGCACAGAGAACGUCAAAUGUAAUGAUCACAUCCAACACAACAGCACCCAACUGGGCCUCCCAAGAAGCAGCAACCAAACAGCAGGAAGCCCUGAAGUCCACAGGAGUCCGCUUCCCCACAGGUGCACCUGCAGCCUAUACUCCAAACCAGUCGUUGCAACAAGCAGUGGGUAGCCAACAAUUUUCCCAGAGGGCAGUGGCUCCUCCUAACCAGAUAACACCAGCAGUGCAAAUGAGACCCAUAAACCAAAUGGGCCCGACAUUGAAUGGACAAACCAUAGGCUCACUCAGAAGUCUGAAUCUCAGACCCAGUCAGCUAAGCACACAGAUUUUACCCAGUUUGAACCAGUCAGGAACGGGGUUGAGUCAGUCAAGGACAGGCAUAAGCCAGCCACCAUCUCUGACACCUGGCAGUUUUCCUUCACCCAACCAAAGUUCAAGGGCUUUUCAAGGAACUGACCAUGGCAAUGACUUAGCUUUUGACUUUCUCAACCAACAGACUGAUAACAUGGGCCCUGCCCUAAACAGUGAUGCUGAUUUCAUUGAUUCUUUAUUGAAGACAGAGCCUGGUAAUGAUGACUGGAUGAAAGACAUCAAUCUUGAUGAAAUCUUGGGGAACAACUCCUAAAGGAGAAAAAGGAGACAAUUCACCAACUCCGAGCACUAAAAGGCAGUAUUUUACAAGGACUCCGGAAAGGCUAACUGUUGACUUUUAGUAGGACUACCUGAAGAUACCAUGGCUUAAAAGUGGAAAGCAGAAAGUAACUAUGGUAAUGAACAUUUUGGUCCAAAAUGCCCGUUUUAAAUCUCAAACCUGAAAGGAAAACCUUGGGAUCACUUUUCCCUGUCUAAACUCCGGACACAGUAUCCAACUUAUCCAAACAGAACUGUGAUGUUGAUGUGUAAUUAGCUGUGUAAAAUAGGCUCCCCAAGCUCCUUUUCUCCCUGAAAGAAAAGUAAUACAACUUUUAGCUUGUUUAAACUCCAUGUCAUGCAGAGGUAUUAGUUCCAAUUAACAAGCAAUGAAUUCCUUAAUUUGUUCUCAUAGAUACGUGUGGUUUCAUCUUUCCACUUUAUCUUUUCAUUUAGUUUUCCCAAAACUCCCUAGAUUGAAAUGUUACAGGUUCGUUUGGAGUAACCAAACACUGUCUAAGUAAAGAAAAGCUGGAGAAACUAGAGGACAUCUAGUGAAUUGUUGAACAUCUUCUCCAGAUUCACCGCUCACUUUUUCCGUUUUCCCACCUACCCUCUACUUCAGUAAGAUGCUGUAUUUAGUGAUGAGACAUGAAUGCAGAGCUGCCCACAACCAAUUUCCAUGUUUAUUUCCAAGUCUUAGUUGCAAUAACAACUUGUCUAAGUCAAACUGAAAUAUUACUGCACAUAUGUCUGGAUCAGAUUUCACUAUUUAAAAAAGAAAGCACCCCAUUGGACAUUGCUAUCAAGGAGCUUUAUUUGGCCACAAAUAACAUGGGGUGUUGUGUAUUAUAAUGGUCCCUGCUGGUUAGUUCCCGAGCUGAGUGAAAUUGGGUCUGGUCGUCCCUGAUUAUUUUGAUGACUAGAGACUGAUUGGUAAGAAAAGAAAGUUUGGAGGUCAAAACUGAGGUUAGAAGGUAUCAUGUUUCGGUUGAAGACAAGAAGCAAAAGAUCAGACCAGGGAUGGCGGGUAUGGGUGGGUGCAAGUCUACUUCGUAAGCUUUGAAGGAAAGCGUAAUUGAGAGAUAAAAUAAUCUGUCCUUAUUUGGACAUAUUGUAUGGGUAAAUAGCUACAUGGCGUGUGAUCUGUUAGUAGCAGCAGUCUAUUCAUUCUUCUGUCCCUAAAGUGAUGAAUCAUUGCCACGUGCUAAAUGGACCCUUUGUAUGCAGGUUUUCUCCCCCAGGGUUCGGCACUGUAUCACAGAAAGAGUUGGUGAGUCAUGUAGCCUCGGUGCCCACAAACAGAUCAGCUGUAGCAUGGGGAAACUGUGUGCUGAUUUGAGAUGGAUGCAAAAUAUCACUAUCAUUUUCCUCAUUACAGAGGAACACAGGUUAGCUUCAGCUUUUCAGUUACAGGUGUAUACUCACAUAUUCAAGUAUCAAAUGUAAUUUAACUGAAGUCGUUUAAUAACUAAAUCUUUAAGUAUCUGUUCUUAAA